UAACACUCACACUCGCUCACGUACGUGCACACACGUAUACACGCGCGCAUGUAGACAUGCAGAGACCUCUCACCGUAAGGGUGACAUCAGGACUAUUAUUGCGGGUGCAAAUAAAUAUGAUAUAAUCAUAGUAAAAUUCUUGCUGGUGCUGAAGAACUUUGUGCUCGCCGAUAUUGCAACAGUGCGGAUUAGUAAAAGAAAGAAAAAGAAACAAAGAAGGAGAGAGAAUAGGGUGGAUAAGUGGGACUUGGAGAUCCGGGCUAAUCACAAUGCAGUAAACACGAACGGAUUCGUCGAGAGAAGCAGAAGCAGCGUCCACCUGAAGGUUUCCUAAGGAAUCCUCCAACUAGGGUCAACACAGGGCGGCGGGAGCGAGCGCGAAUCGGAGAAGAUGUACGCGUUUUUAAUAAAUAGUGUGCAGCGGAAUUUAAACGAGAAGGUGAAAAGUUUUUGACAUGUGAGUGGAUUCCUCUGAGAGUUCGCCGCAGACAUGCAGAACAAAGACGGCACGAACUCCUCAUCCGAGGUCCACCAAUAUGUUGGUCCUUACCGACUGGAAAAGACCCUCGGCAAGGGACAAACAGGAUUGGUGAAACUCGGGGUGCAUUGCGUUACCGGCAAAAAGGUAGCAAUAAAGAUAAUCAACAGGGAGAAACUGAGCGAAAGCGUUUUGAUGAAGGUGGAACGGGAAAUAGCAAUUAUGAAAUUGAUCGACCAUCCGCACGUCCUGGGGCUCUCGGACGUAUACGAGAACAAGAAAUACCUCUAUCUCGUUUUGGAGCACGUGUCCGGCGGGGAGCUGUUCGAUUACCUAGUGAAGAAAGGAAGACUGACACCAAAAGAAGCCCGAAGAUUUUUUAGACAAAUAAUAUCCGCCUUGGAUUUCUGCCAUAGCCAUUCCAUUUGCCAUAGAGAUUUGAAACCGGAGAAUCUGCUGCUAGACGAAAAGAACAACAUCAAGAUUGCGGACUUCGGGAUGGCUUCGCUGCAGCCUCAGGGUUCGAUGUUGGAAACGAGCUGCGGAUCCCCUCACUAUGCCUGUCCAGAAGUUAUCCGAGGCGAGAAGUACGACGGAAGGAGGGCGGACGUCUGGUCGUGCGGCGUAAUCCUUUACGCACUUCUUGUAGGCGCCCUACCAUUCGACGACGACAACCUCAGACAACUGUUGGAGAAGGUGAAGCGCGGAGUAUUCCACAUCCCGCACUUCGUUCCGCCCGACUGCCAGAGUCUCCUUCGCGGAAUGAUCGAAGUUAAUCCGGAGAAGCGGCUCACUUUGUCGGAAAUUAAUAAGCACGCGUGGGUUACGGCUGGUGGAAAGGGUGAAUUGGAAUUGGAGCUGCCAAUGAUGGAGGUGGUCCAAACCCAUGUGCUGCCAUCAAUUGAGUCCGUGGAUCCCGAUGUGCUGCAGGCCAUCUGCAGCCUGGGAUGUUUCAAGGAACGGGAGAAGCUCAUACAACACCUCCUAAGCCCUAACCACAAUACGGAGAAGGUCAUCUACUUUUUAUUGCUGGAGAGGAAGCGAAGAAGACCAGCUUACGAAGAUGAGGACUCGAUGUUGAGGAUUAGGGUGACGGAAGCGGCGGAUCCGCCGAGGAAACGCAUCGACACGUGUCGCGUGAACGGGCAAAAUACUCUGCAGUUCGGCCAAAUCAGCGAGGGAUCUCCGCUGACACCUAGGAGAUCGCAUUACAAAAGACACCACGCCAGAAGAAGUCCAUCGACAGGCAGCACCCAUAGUAGUUUAAGCAUCCAUUCCCCGACGAGAUCAUCCUCGGGGGCUUCGAGCCCGGUCCAUUUCAACAGCACAUCGUCAACGAAUUCUCAUAGAAUCUCGUCGCCCGUGAAUCAGAGAUCUUCAUCGCAUCAUACCGGCGGUGGUCAUCGGACAUCGACGCACGUCACCUCCAACACCCACGUCACCGUGACGCCACCGCCGCCUUCGACUCCCACCCACCAUCGGGCCAACAGCAGCGGCGGCAACAGCGGUCCAUAUCUACUCUCCGCCCUUACAUCACCAGAGAACGACACCACCAAUCUGGUCACCGGUCCGACGAUCCUUACCCCGAUGACCCCUCCCGGUUCGCCGCACUCCAGCAACACCGGCCACCAUUGGCGCUCCCGCCUCACGACAAUCAAGAACAGUUUCCUUGGUUCGCCCCGUUUCCAUCGGCGAAAACUGCAGACCUCCUCCGAGGAGGUUCACCUCACCCCGGAAUCCUCGCCCGAACUCACUAAGAAGUCCUGGUUCGGCAGUCUGAUGACCACCGAAAAGGACGAAACCUUCACGAUACUGGUGAAGGGAAAACCACUUGCCACAGUCAAAGCAGAUUUAAUCCACGCUUUCCUUUCGAUAGCAGAGUUGAGCCAUUCCGUCUCGAGUCCGAUGAGUUUUCGCGUGGAAUACAAGCGCGGAACUACCGGUCCCGCCAUGUUCCAAAGGCACGUGCGCUUCCAAGUGGAUAUCUCCACAAUUACCAAGCAAACCGGAGACAAUGCCAAGGAAUUCCUAUUCGCAAUCACGUUCACGUUGCUGUCAGGUAACAUCCGAAGGUUCCGAAGGGUGUGCGAGCACAUCCAAGCUCAAGUGUGUACGCGCAGACCGCCGCCUAGUCCGAGGGCCCAAAGGAAGUUCACGACGGAAAUCAGCGAGAGCUCCAGCUGCGGCUCCGACUCCAGCGAGCUGUACCUGAACAGCCGACAGCUGGAGGGCAGCGACCUGGAGAGCGAGUGCUCGAUCUUCGACGUGAGAACGGCGGCACGGGAGGCAGGCAGAAGGGCCUCCACCAACAACAACACCGAGACCAUUGAGCAGCUUCCGUCCACCCCAAAAGCUGUGCGCUCCAGCUCAGAGAACACCGAUUCCUGCGAGAAGACCUGCAUCACCACAAUGUCCGGCAGCUCGAUCGCAUAAUCACAAACAAUCAUAAGAUGUACAACAUAAGACGAUGAUACGUUCUGCGAUUUUGAUGAUCGUUGCUGUAUCAUCAAAUUUGUGCUCUCUUUUUUUAUACAAAAAGGAAUCGUUUCGAGCUGGCGCGCAACAAAUUCAUUGCAAUUGUAACGAACGGCGCCCGUGCCAAUUACCUUUUUG